AUGCUGGUAGUUCGUGCACAACCAUUAUCAUGCGAAGGAGACGAGCACUGUUUCGAAGGGUAUUACUGUGAGCCAGCAACAAAUAUCUGCCAGGAGUGUUUGCAAUGCGAAGAUUUUAAUCGGCAGCCUCCGAAAUUAAACUCGACUGAAUGCAUUAAGUCAUUGGACAAAUGUGGUCCUUGUAAUGAAGGCUACAUUAACAUAUUCAGAAACUCAGUCAAAGGGAAAUGCGUGUUACCUGAAUUCCUAGAGUUUGGGAAAGGUUCUCAUUAUAGAUAUGUGUGUCUGAUCGCGGCGGCAGUCGGCCUGGCCGUCGUAGCCAUGUUUGUGUAUGUUAUCAAGCAGACUGAAGUGUUCCGCGUUGUUGCCUAUUAUGAUCCUGUAUCGGAAAACUUGCUGAACUCUAAUACUGUUACCAACGAAUCAUUGGGACAUUUAUUGAAAUAUUUGCUGGAACAGCAAAAGGAUCCAAAUGAGAAAAUAAGCAAGAGUUGCGAGAAAGUUAUUAACCAUUAA